CGGAACGGGAACAAGAACAAGUUGAGGACGAUGAAGGUGAGGAUGACUUGUACGAGGAUGCAGUUGAGAGUGAUGAUGUUGACAUAUGAAUUGCAAAAGUAUCGUACUAGUAUAAAUGGCAUUACAAAUUUGCUCAGCAUGAAAGCUAGAACUUGUCAUGCUGUUUUACUUUAAGAACAAAACUUGUCCUGCAUAGUUGCAAUUACUACGAGUACGAUACUUUUGCACAGGAUAUGACAAGGAUGAUGACUACGAGGACGCCAUGGAAGAUGAUGCUGGUGAAGAGGAAGAUCAGUCUAUGCAAGAAAAAAACUGUGUAAGUGUAAAUCUGUGAUGCAGAAAAUGCAAAACAGUUACACUUGUCAUGCUGGAGAUGCGUCAUAGGCUACUAUCAUGCGUGUUUCCACUUACUAGCUGCGCAUGACAGGUUUUCCCUGUAAUGCAAAAUGCUUUUCCUACAAAGUUACACUUAAAAAGUUUUUCUCCUGGAUACAGUCAGCCACCAUCCUGGAGAAGAUCAACGGGAUCACGAAAAAAGUGAAACGGGACCUGGAAACCGUAUGGAUUGUAUAAAAUGUCUGGGUCUUCUUGGAAGUUGCGAGAUUUGUCAUGCUUGUCUGGCAUGACCAAAAAGUUUGUGAUGCGUGUCCAAGAAGAGACACUUUUGCUUGUCAUGCAAAACGCAUUUUGUCAUGCGGAAAGCGCAACACUAAGUAGCGCAAAUAUUUCUCAUGCUUGACUGUGCAUUACAGAGAAUUCACUAUUCACAACUCAGCAUUACAAGUUAUUUCGAGACCCAGACAUAGUUGCAUUCGAUAAACCGUGAAGAAAAACCAAAUCUCCAACGACGACGAAGUGGAGCCCGGGAGUGGGGUGGUGGAUGGGGAAGAUGAAAUGGCGAGGGACAUGGCAAAACGAAUUGACAAGGCUGUGGUGGUGGUUCAUAAAACUAAAACCUCAAGCGAGGAGGUGCGCGGAGUUGUGGACGAUCAGGAUGAUGAUGAAGAUCAAGACGACACAUUCUCUUCCACCUCCUUAUGGAGUUCUCAAAUGUUACAUUCUCAACUGUUACAUGAUUUGUCAUGCAAAAUGACCAUGACCCGCCAGACGAUCAAGCUGCUUCGCAUGACAAUUUCUCGGAAGGCUAAGUAGCACUGUAAUCCGGAUCAAACCUGUAAUGCAAGACGCGCAAGGUUCUCCCUCUCACCUGUGCUAGUCUUGCAUUACAAAUUCAUGUAACAGUUGAGAAUGUAACGUUUGAGAACGCCAUACUCCUCUUUCACCGAGUUUCACUUCCACCUGAACCAAAAACACCAGUUCAAACUGUCCCUCCUGCACGAAAAAGUCCUCGAAAAGCGGCAGAAAUCAGAUUCCUACAGCGCGAUGAGUGAUUUCAUGAUCUCCGGGAUGAAAACCGCUUUCAGCUACAUCCGAACCAAUUACCUUCCGAAGUGCCCGGAGGGAAAUCAAGCGAGUGAGACCCAGAUGGCGCAGGCGAUUGACUCGUCUUCGCAGUUGGUGGAAAGCCUCCCGUUCUGGUCGACGUUUCAGCAGUAUUUGAAAUCGGUCAGUGAAGUGCAGCUGCGGGGAUUGGUGAGGUCUACGGUUGAAAUAUCAAAUGUAAAAAUGUCUGGGUCUGGAAGAGUGCAUGUUUGUCAUGCUUGUCUGGCAUAACUCUCAAAUCUGUCAUGCACGUUACCCAAGAGCGCCACUUUUCUGUCAUGCAGACACGCAGUUUGUCAUGCAGAAUAGGCAACACCUAGAAGCUCAGAAACUUGUCAUACUGAGCCAGCACUUGUGGCCUCCUCACGAUACGCCACCCAGCAUCACAAGUUUCCAGACCCAGACAUUUUUGCACUUGAUAUGAAAAGGUGAUUGACGUGAUUGGCAGUGGGCUGUUUGAAACGGUCAUCCCUUUUUUGGUUUCGCUACCAGUCUAUCAACUGCAAAUAUGUCUGGGUCUGGAACGAUGCAGCUUGUGAUGCUAAAUUUGGAUCAUGGAAAAAUUUGUGUUGCAUGAUUACCAAAAGCUGUCCAGUUUUGACCAAGUUAGGCGGGAGUUUCUCAUGCAGGGUAGGCAUGAUACAGAUCUCACAGGAGAAUCUGUCAUGCUAGAUCCUGCAUUCCAGACCUCAUGUGUCAUGUUGGACCUGCAUGAGAAGUCUAGUCUUGCACUCUUCUAGACCCAGACAUAUUUGCAUUUGAUACAAUCGUUGGAAACGCGAUUUCCUCGAUCAAGCCGGGGAUUCGUGUACCCUAUGUAAAAACGCCCCCAUCCCAUAGUCAAGUUGGUAAAUCUGCAACAGAAAUCUCCAGGCUUUGGGAGUUGUGCAUGACAAGUUCCCAUCUGCAGUGUAAUACGGGAGGCCGCAUGAGAGAGCCAUUUUCUGAUCCUGUCUACAGCAUUGCAAAUGUUAGGACACGAUUGCAAGUACGUUUCAUGGAGAUGCGCAUUACAAAUGUUCCUGUCAUUGCGCAUUUGCAUAACAGCUCUUGGGUGGGGACGUUUUUACAUAGGAUACCGUGCGGCGUUUAAUUACGUCGCGGAGAAGAUUUUGGAGCAGGCCGAGAGAAUCGAGGACUGGCUGGCGGGAUUCGGGGAAGACCUAGGGGAGAAGUUGGUGAACAUGUUCCUCGAGCGGGUUCCGUGUCUGAACCUCGUGGAUUAUCAAAUGUGAUUUAUCUCUGGGUCUGGCAGAAGGCUAAUGUUUGUGAUGCACCACAUUUAUUUCCAUGGCCCACGGCCACGCCCAGCCGCAGCCCCAUAAGUAGCUCUGUGAUGCAGGUCCUAGGAGGUGAUGCUUUCGCUUUGCUGUGCCUGUUCUGCGUGAGAAAUUUUGUUUCAGUGCGGCCAAAAAUACACAGCGUUAGUUACUCACGCAAGACAAAUUUUUGUGUUGUCGAGAGGACGCAUCACAGACUUGCACUCUACUUCCAGACCCAGGCAUACUCGCAAUGCAUAUGGAUCAGAUGGAGGAGUGGAUCUUGGGUCAGGCGGAAAUGGACGACAUGACCGAGGCGGCGCUGACGAAGGAGAAGGAGGAUGCAGAGGAGGAUGAUGCAAAUCUUGACGACAGCGCUCCUGCGGGUAGCACAACUACAGCAGAGGAAUAUGAUGACUAUGAUGACGAUACAACGGACGAUGAUCACGACAACGUCUUUGUAGCUGAAGAAGAAGAUGAUGACGACGAGGACCAAAACUUCUCUACUUCCGGCUUUGUUCAAAAGCGGAUGCAAAUGGACCGGUUUUUGCGCGGUAUCCAAGACGACGUGGUAGGUGGACACCAAAAGCAAGGAGAAGAACACUUCGACGAUGAGACCGGCCCUAACGACGACGACGACGAAGCGUUUGCGAAGGACAUCGUGUCGGUCAAGUUGCUGCGUCGCUUGAAUGUGCAUGCUGGAACAACUAAUGUUGCUGACCUGCAAGAACACGACUACAACCUCGAUGUUGGCUUUAUUUCCACCAACAACCUGACCCUGCUCGAGACGUCGUCAAGGUCGUACACCGCAGCACUCGUCACUGAAACAAGCAAAUUCCAGAUGAAACAGAAGAUGAAUCUGGACACGUUUUUCGCCAAGUUCAACGAGGUGAAAGAGCACAUCGUCAGUGAAAUCGGGAGCAAACUACCGGAAUUCGUUGACAAAGUGUCGGAACUUGUGCAAAGCACCUUCCAGGCCCCGUUGAAGACCCUACUGAGCAACAACAUUCUCGCCAGUAUGAUUGCGAUGCUCGGGAAGGGCUUUUGCCGGAUCGUGGUGAUGGCGUUUCAAGCGGCCAUGCCCUUUGUCAGCACCGCUGCCACCACCGCGGGGAACACGAUGCUUGGGGAAGCCAACAUGAAGAUGAUUACGAGCGCUGCGUCCACGGUGAUGCCGUGGCUGAUCUCGAAUUUCCUGUACGAGGCAACCCCGAUUCACAACGCGUUGAAAAUAUGCAUUGCAAAUAUGUCUGGGUCUGGAAGAGUGCAACUUGUGAUGCUGCAUUUGGAUGCUGAAAAAAAUCUGUAUUGCAUGAGGAGCAAGAGGAGUCAAAUUUGGCUACGGGGAGAGGGCAUCUGUCAUGCGGGAUGCGCAUCGAUAAGCGCUGAAAAAACCUGUGAUGCGAGAGCAUACAUCACAGACAUCAUGGAUCAUGGAAAAUGUGCAUAACAAACAGACAUAUUUGCAUUCGAUAGAAAAUGCUCGUUGACAAGCUGCUCGCGGACGAAACGAUCAAGGGCAUUUUUGACGCGGUCGCCGAAGUAUGAGAGUGCACAACUCCCCCUCCCCCUGAUUCGUAUUGCAUGAGCAGCAAUAGAAACACCAGCGCACAUGGAGCCUGCUGCGCAUGACAAGCUCAUGCGCGUCAUGUAGUACUGUUUAGGCUUUUAGAAUCUGUCAUGCAUAAUAGUAACGCAAGGGAGCACUUGGAUACUCAUGGGAUUUUGCAUGAGAAAUGAAAACGAGGGGGAGUUGUGCACUGUUAUACGAAGUGAUGGAGAAGCUGAAGGGCAUUGGCGCGUUUUCCCUGUUUACCGACGCGUUAGAACAGGCUUGGAACUCGAUUAAGUCGAAGUUGACCGGGGCAGAUUUGCCGAGCGAAGAGGUGACAAAUGAGGUCGAGAAGGAACACGAAAAUGCGCUGAGUGCCCUGAUAUGAAGUGCAAAAGUAUCGUACUGGUAGAAGCAAAGCGCAUGACAAAUUUUCUGAGCGUGAGAAAUGAGCUUGGUAAUGCGGAUUUACCUCAAGGAGGAGAUCGAGAUUCAGAUUUGCAUUUGUAAUGCAUGACUUCGAUUAUUAAGUACUAGCACUAGGAGUGCGAUACUUUUGCCAUGCAUACCUGACCUUCACCAAAGAAGACCUAAUCGAGGAGGAGCUCGCGACCGAGUGCCCCAGCGGCUACGAGCCGCUGGCGGAUUCCGACGAGUGCGUUAUCAAAUGCAAAGAAAUAUGUCUUGGUCUGGAAAUUUGUGAUGCUGGGUGGCGUAUCAUGAGGAGGCCACAAGUGGGCUGGCCCAGCAUGACAAGUUUCUGAGCUUCUUUGGUGUUGCCUAUUCUGCAUGGCAAACUGCGUCUCUGCAUGACAGAAGAGUGGGGCUCUUGGGUAACGAGCAUGACAGAUUUCAGAGUCAUGCCAGACAAGCAUGACAAACUUGCAUUCUUCCAGACCCAGACAUAUUUGCAUUUGAUAUGCGUGGCGGCGAUGCGACUGCUCUACCCCCCGGAUCUGACGCUCGCGGAGUCGGAGCGCAAACCGUGGAACCAAGUGGGUUUGAGCAAAGCGGAGAAAAUUGCCGUCAUCAGCGAGAGGAACGUACCUCUCGGGUGCUUGAAAAAGUGGGACAUGGUGAAGCGUGAGUACACGCUGGAAUACAAUCGAGAGGAGGAGGAUGACGUUGCCGCGGGAAGGCAUUUGCAGAAAGUGAAUCUGAUUUGUGUUAAGGUUUAAAGAUCAUCAUGACGUUCGCGAUUAAGAAGCAUUAUUUUCUUUCACUCAAGAACGAGAACUACAUUGUACAUUCACAUUCAAGAAGUGGGGUCUGUUUCCUAGUUUUCAGAAAUUUUAUUGCAUCCGUUGUUUUGAGUUUAUCCUUAUUUUUUGUAAAAGAUUGAGAUGUACAAUUAUCAGUAUCAACAUAAAGUUAUUUGCGUUUCGCUUUCGGAUUUUUGAUCAAUUUGCACAGCUUGCUAUUUAAGUACAUGAUUUUCAGUUUCAACACUAUACCACAUUUUUGUUCAUUCAUCACUUUCCCUUAUUUUCGAGGCUUUCCUUUUUAGCAAGAAUUACACCACAUCUUCAUUUUCAAAAUUUUUUGUUGUAACAGUUGCAGUUGGGUUUUCUUUCUUCUCUUUCUUUUUUAUAUCGCACAACGUACUUUCGCUUUAUUUCAGACAAGCUUUU